AUGUCUGCUGCAACUAGGAGAAAGAUAAAUGCAUUGAAAAAAAACUCUGCAGCUAAUGGAACUAAUAAUGGUACCACCACUGCCAACAAACUGACGAUUUCUCCAAAAGAGAAUACUCAAUUCUUAGAAGCUUUAAAAUUGUAUGAAGAUAAAAAAUAUAAUAAAUCAAUUAAAAUAUUGGAAACUUUAUUAAAGAAAAACGCAUCAUUUGUUGAUGCGUUAGCUUUAAAGUGUUUGAAUUUAUAUUUCCAAGGAGAUAAGGAUCAAGCCGAAAGUUAUUGUAAAAAAGCUUUAAAAAAAAUAAACGACUUUAAUGCUUCUCCGAUUUGCUGUCACAUUUUAGGGUUAUAUUAUCGAAAUGUCCAGGAUAACCAAUCAGCCAUUAAAUGGUUUCAAGCUGCCAUGAACAAUGGAUCUAAUAACAAGUCGAUUUACAGAGACUUGGCGGUCUUACAAUCACAAGAGCGUGAUUUCAAAGGUCUUUUAGAGUCCAGAAGCUUGUAUUGGCAAUCUGCUAUGGGAUAUAGGGCAAACUGGACUGCUUUAGCCAUUGCUCAAGAUUUUAAUAAAAACUAUAAAGAGGCUGUUACUUUAUUGGAAAAUUUUGAAGAUAUGGCUAGGGGAAAAUUAACAAAAGCUGAAUACUACGAACAUAAUGAGUGUGUUAUGUACAAGAAUGAUUUAAUGUUUAAAGCAGCUGCUGCCGCUAGCAAUACUACCGAAGGCUUGAAAAAAGUAUUGGCUAAUUUGGAUGCCAUUGAAAAUGAGGUUUUUGAUAAGUAUGCUUUGCUAGAAAGAAAAGCCACUUGUUUGAUGAAGUUGGGUGAGCUGAAAGAGGCUUCGAAAGUCUAUAGAGCAUUGAUCAAACGGAAUCCUGACAAUUUUACUUAUUAUAAAUUGUUAGAAGUUUCUUUGGGGUGUUCUAACGACAACGAUUUGAAAAUACGUUUAUACGAAAAAUUAUCCAAAUUUUAUCCAAGGUCAGAACCUCCUAAAUAUAUUCCACUAACCUUUAUUGAAGAUGAAAACUUGUUAUAUGAAAAAUUGAAAGAAUAUAUUUUACCUCAGUUAAAACGUGGUGUGUUGGCGACUUUUAGCAAUAUCAAACCGUUAUACAAAUCUCGGGGAACUAUUAUUCCAAAAUUAGUUUUUAAGAUUGUGCAGGAUGAAAUUUAUCCCCAAUUGAAUGCAAAUGAGGAACCAGAAACUUAUAUUUGGACCAACUAUUUCUUGGCUCAACAUUACCUAUUUUUGAAAGAAUUUGCUAAUGCCCAAGAGUGUAUUAAUAAGGCAAUUGAACAUACACCUACAGCAAUAGAAUUAUAUAUUGUCAAAGGUCGUAUAUUGAAGCACUUGGGAUUAUUGGAUGAGGCUGCUGAGGUUGUUGAAUCAGCUAGAAAGUUAGACUUGUCAGAUAGGUAUAUUAACAACAAAACAGUGAAAUACUAUUUGAGAGCUAAUAAUAUUGAUGAAGCCGUUGAGAAGGUUUCUCUGUUUGGUAAAAUGGAUGCGAAUGAACCAAAUAGUUUGAAGGAUUUACAUUUAUUGGAGGCAUCAUGGUUUAUUGUUGAACAAGCUGAAAGUUAUUAUAGAUUGUACUUGCUAACUCGCAAACGUCUAGUUGAGGAAUUGAAAAGUGAAGCCACCGAUGCAUCUUUAGUAUUGAGGUUGAAAUACGACUUGGUCAAAUACAAAGGGCUAUCUUUGAAAAGAUUUUUGGCAAUAGCCAAGAUUUACAAACAGUUUGAAUUGGACCAAUUGGAUUUUCAUACGUACUGUAUGAGAAAAGGUACUGCUAGAGCCUACAUGGACAUGAUUAAAUGGACUGAAAAGAUAUAUACUUUACCAAUGUAUGUCAGGGCUAUGAAUGGAGCCUCUAAGAUCUAUCUUGAUUUGGAUGAGAAUGCAAGAGACAAAGAAAGAUUUGAAUUAACUGAAAUGAUGGAGUUUAUAGGAAGUGCUUCUGGCAGUGGCAAGAAUAAAAAAAAGAAGAACAACAAUAAUAAGGGUAGUAUGGAUCCAUCUUUGAUUAAAUUAAAACGGGAAGAUGUUUUGAAACUAAUAGCUUAUGAUAAAGAUAAUGAUAUCUUUGGUGAAAAACUUGUUAGUAGUGGGACUCCAAUAUUGGAUUUUGAAACCAAUUUCUUUAAUAAGUAUUUUAAGCAUCAAGAUAACAACAAAGAAACGUGUGAUUAUUCUUUGGACUUUUCUGUUCAUUUAUUGAAAAAUGAGCUAGCUUUGUGUAUGGGUGAUAUUAAUCAAUUACAACGUACCAAUACAAGUAAUGAUACUGUUUCGUCCAUUAUUGGUAGUACAAGUUUGCUUUUAUUGCAAGCUGCUAAAGAUAAUGAAAACGAGAAUAAAAUUGGUCAAACGGUGGCAUUGAAGGGGCUAUCGAACAUUGGGUUUGCUGUGGAAGAUGAAGAGAUUAAAAAAUUGAGCGGAGAUGGAACCGAUUGUAUUAAUUAUUUGAAGGAUAAAUUUGGUAUUACAUUAAAAUCAUUAUUAUUUUUGUAUCAACAUCAUAAGAGUCAAUUGUUUAUUCCACAGAAUAUUUUGAAAUCGUAUAUUUUGGAUUAUUCUAAGGAUUUGGAUCCUAUGGCGAAAAAUAAUAUCUUACAAUAUGAAUUAGCUAUUUAG